AUGUCAUUAUUAUCUUCAAUAGGAUUAAGAACUUCAAUAAUAGAUAAUGCUGAUGGAUCAGCAGAAUUAUCAAUCUACAACAACAACAGCAACGAAGCAUCUAGUUCUUCUUCUUCCUCUGAUGAUAAUAGUAUUAUUAAAUUAAUUACAUCAAUUAAUGGACCAAUUGAACCUAAACAACGACAAGAAUUACCUAAUAGAGCAAGUUUAGAAAUCAAUAUAUAUCCAUCAAUAGGAUUAUCAACUACUAAAGAAAAAUUAUUAGAAAAUAAAUUACGAUCAAUAUUACAAAAUAAUAUCAUUAUAAAUUAUAAAUAUCCUCGUCAAUUAAUUCAAAUCUCAAUUCAAUUUUUAAUAUCAAGUGGUAGUGGUAGUAGUAGUAGUAGUAGUAGUAACUAUGGACUGAUGAUGAUGAAUUUAUUGGAUUUGAAUGCAUUAAUUAAUUGUUGUUAUUUUGCUCUUAUUGAUGCUAAUAUAGCCAUGAAUUAUUCAUUUGCCAGUAUAGUUAUAAUUAUUGAUCAUCAAGGAAAUUUAUUAAUUCCAAUUGAUGGAAAUGAUUUACACCAACAACAACAACAAGAAGAAGAUUAUGAAUCAAUUCAUUUAUGUUGUUAUUCAAUUAUAGCAAAAAAAGUUGAUAAAUUAUUAUUAUUAGAAAGUCAAGGAGAUUUUAAUGAAUCACAAUUAUUUAAUGUAUUAGAGAAAAGUAUUUAUAAAGUGGAAAAAUUUCAUAAUGAAAUUCAUCGUCAAUUUAUUAAUGAUAAAAUUAAGAAUGAUUAUAUUUGGAAACAAGAAAGGGAAGAUGAAUAA